AAGACACACAGUCCUUGGGAGUCCUUGACACCUUACUCUCGCUCAAAAAACCCUCCUUUCCGCAUUUCGGUACACCUUCAGGGUUCUCUUCCUCUUCCGCCGCGGAGGCCGCCGUAGCUUUUUCAUCUUCACCUGUUGAGCACUUGUCGAAUUCAUGAAAGCGCUUCUCUUGAUUCCAUACCUCCUCGCUUCCUUAGAAGCAAAACCAUUUCAUUGGCUUUAUUUAUUCUUCUCCUCUUUCUCCCUCUGUCAUUCUCUUUCUCGGAUUUGAAGAUUUUUAUAUCAGGUUUGCAAGGUUGGUGACUCUACUGUGAACUUCCUUUUCUUUCAGUGUGAGUUUUAUUCGGAAUCUUUUGACAAAUUCCCCUUUUUUCGUCAUCAGUUUAGGACCUUGGUCACUUCCUUCUCCAACUUUCCCUAUGUCGUCGUCCUACCUAAUUAAUGGCGGUGGCCGGACUUACAGGCUCGAUCUGGAAAUCAUCACCAAGUCUUCAUCGCUUUCAUCUCCUUCAUCUACUCUGUCCGAGUCAAACAACUAUUCCCCCUUCUUUAUCUCAACUAAAAGAGCUCGAUCUCCUCGGAAACGACCAAACCAGAGUUCGGCUGAAGCUUCUGCCCUCCUCUCUACUAUAUCCCCCAAACUCUUUUCACCCGCCAUGCUACGGCGAAAAAAUUACUUACCUGUUCGUCUCUCCUCCUGCCCCAUUCCCGAUGAGGCCACCCUCCUGCUUUGCGAAUCGCACUCAGUUGAGAAGCUUCCCAUCAGUUUGGAGCCAAAGGUGGAAGAUUCUUCGGUUUGUAGCCUGCCAUACUUCCAGUUUCAGGACCCUGGCUCACCGGAGUUCGACGCUGAAUCCAUCCUUGGCGAUGAGGUAGAGGAAGGCAUUGACAGUAUAAUAGGCAUGGGAAACCUAUCUAUGAGCUCCAACUCCAUCAAAGACUGCAAUUUUGAUUGCUUGGGGUUUGGCUUUGGCAUUUCUUCGAACAUUAUGGGGGCGUUGAGGCAAAAAGACAAGGGAGAGUGGUGGUGGGCGGAUGUUGUGAAUGUGAAGGAUAUUGUUCCUAAGCUGAAAGAAACGCCAGUGAAGACGAAGAAGAAGAAGAAGGAGAAGGAGGAGGGGAAGGACAUUGCCGACGGCUCUUCAGCGGAAGUUGGGAUUUUGGAGCCGCGGCUGCGGCUGUGGCUGAAGCUUGACUAUGAUGAAGUAAUAAAAGAGUGGCCCAGCGGGUCGCCGUUCUCCACCUCUCUCUCCGGUGAGACACGCAGAGUGUCGGUGGAGUCCGCCACCGACGUCAUUGCUAGGUUGGCAACCAUUGACUUGUUUCCAGACGUCGGAGGUGGAGCAUCGAGAGAAGAAAGCGUGUACCGGCACAAAGAGAAACAGAGAACAAGCCUCUUUUCCAAAAAGAUUGGCUACCAAGUUCGCAAGCUUAACGGCGACCAACGGCCAAGAAUGAAGGGCAGAUUUAUAAGGAUCCCUUCCCUGCUCCAGGAAACAAUGCCAGAAGAAAGCCAGUAAAGCCAUGAGCUCAGAUUUGCGCUUCUUAGUUCCAUCAUUUUGCUCCUAUUUUUGGUUUUAUUACUUGGAAACUAGGAAGAGGUCUUCAUUUCUGAAGAAAACCCAGAGAGAGGCUUGAGCAAAAUUUUCAAGUGAAGUGUUGUUACUUUGUAAUUCCAUGAAGGAGCAUUAGGUAUCAAUUAUCAAUUGGAAAACAGAAUAGCUUUUCGAUAAUUUGUGAUUGUGUUUGAUUAAUUGUCAAUAAAAGCUGGUUAGUACCCUUAUGAUGUUA